AGGAGCUCGAGGACACAGCGACAGGUCCCGUCGAGGGGCAUCCACACGCGUGCACUCUCAUCUACUUGCACGCGUUCGGCCGCUGCGGCAAGGAGUACGUGCCCCCGCUUCUAACAGGCUGUCGCCAGGAUUCCCCGCGCCGUGGGUGCGGGACGAGAACUGUGCCGCUGGCUUGCGAGUCGUGCUGCCGACGGCAAAGAAGAUGCGCCUCUGCUGGGGCCCCUUGGAGACCUCCUGGCACGACUACGCCUCGGCCGACAACAAUAACGUUGGCGACCUGGCUUCGCUGGCCGAGACACGGGAGAGGCUGGCGUCCAUCCUCCGCGACGAGGUAGCGCGGCUGGGCGGUGACGCGCGCCGCGUGUUCCUGGGCGGCCUCUCCCAGGGGUGCACGGCGGCGCUCGACGUCUACCUGCGCGAGGGGCCCACGCUGGGGCUCGGCGGGUUCGUGGGCAGCGUCGGGUUUCUGCCGAGCGACGCCGACGGCUUCGAGGGUGCCGACGAGGCUCUGGAGAGAUUCCUGGCGGACGCGGAGCAGAGUCGCCGGCCACUGUGGCUGCAGAGCGCCGAGGACGACCAGUGGGUGCCCUGGGAGGGCCUGGUGGAGCCCUCGCUGCGCCGGCUCCGCGGGCGCGCACCAGGGCUGCGCCACCGCACCGUGCGAGGCCGCGGGCACGUCAUCGAAGAGUGGGAAGGUGACCUGCUCAACGAGUUCGUGCGGGAGCAUGCUGGCGAAGCGUUCUAGCUGGACGCGGGCGAUGUAUGCGUAAGGCGGCGCUUGACCGUUUGCGCCUAUCCCUCACUGGAGAUUCGGAUUUUCAGGGGCUCUCGAAGCGAGCUCCGUCUUUACGGGCCAGUCCAGAGCAUGUUUGGAGGCCACGAGCGCCGCAAACCUAGGAUGCUAACACCCGCCGGGCCUGACACAUUGAUUUGAGGCUCCUCUCAUUGAGAGGAAAGGAGAAGGUCCAUGUGUUUGCUUCCGCUGACUUUGUGCUGCUCUGUCUGUGCGCGCUUACAGCGCCUGGCGAGACUCCCCAGACUAGGGAGGAUUACUCCUCCAGAGUGCUUGCCUCUGGCAGGCGCAGUUGCCAGGAAGAUUCGGCUUGGCUUGCCUGCGUAUUUCAUUCGGCGAUAUCGGUGAAAUCUCGAGGUAGUUUCCUUGCUAGCUUCCAUCACCC